UCAAGAAAAAUGUUCCUAUUUAAUUCUAUUACACACAACUGCAGCUUUGUGCAUAGGGACAACAGCAAUGGUAGCGACAGGAACGAUGCUGAUAGCGUACCUCAAACAUAUUUGUGGAAUGCUUAGCAUCGCCAGUUAUCGCAUUGAGAAGGCAAUGGCGAUUAAUAUGCAACAAAAUAUCAACCAAGAGAAAAUUAUUAUAAUUUAUAAAGGGAUAAUCUGUGCGGUAGACAUUCAUCGCAAAGCUACAAAGUUUUCCCAAGUUUUAAUAAAGAGUUUUGAAGGAUCGUUCUUCUUUUUAAUAGCGGCUGGUAUGGUCUGUUUAAGCAGCACUCUUGUUCAAAUCGCAUUGUACAACGAUACCGUAGAGCAACUUAUACUACCGCUUAUGUUUAUAAGUGUCCUCUACGUAUACAUGUUUUUAUCCAACUAUACUGCACAGGAAGUUACAGAUCACAAUGAAUACGUAUUUGCCACAGUGUAUAAUGUUCAGUGGUACAUGGCUCCGUUACCCAUACAGAAAAUGAUGUUAUUCUUGCUACAAAAGGGCACUAAGGCUUUUCAUAUAAUCCUCGGUGGAAUAUUUAUUGCAUCCAUGGAAAGUGCUGCUACG